UCUCAAUUUUCCCUACCUCAUUGAUACUAGUCACCGGAAGUCCCUAAGAGCUGGACGGUACUAUUGAGCAAGGUCAACGUGUUUCUCUCAGUUCUAGCUUCGCUAUACCGGUCUCUCAACGUCCGCUUUUGGCUCGACCCCUCAAAUCCCUCAGCCAUGCCUUUUCUCCAAUCAAAAUGGCUCAUAGUACUCGGAGCCUUGAUCACUUCCUCGCCUGCGGUCGAGUUUGACUUGGUGUUUCCUCGAAGCAAUGCCUCAUACUCACCAGCCGAGUCGUUCCCCUUCGUCUUUGCUGUGCAGAACACGGAAAGGGCAGAGCUUCUCAACCUCCGUUUAUCCUACUACAUUUACCACAAAAGCAAUGACGGGCUGAAUUUUGAUAACCGAUUAUGGAUGGUCCAUGAUUUCUCGUGGACAAAUUGGUCGGGCAGCGCAGACCCUUACUUCGUCUACGACUACUUCGACGACAGCUUUAACACAUCCGGUCGUUGGUUGGUUGAAUGGGAGCUGCGCUGGGAAAGCUGCGAUGUGGAAGCGCUGACCCACAGCCAUCAUAGUGGUGGAGUCUCUGAACACUACUACCAUUCUACGGAGGGCCUUUAUAUCAACAAUUCCAGUCUCAAGGAGGUGGACCUUGUCGCAGCUACCGCAAAUGAAAGCUGCCCCGGAAGCCCCAACGGAAUCGUCAUCAAUGUGACCGAUACUGUCAUGAGUUCUCCUUCGUGGCUCAACUGGGCACACCGGGACACAUGUGUCGUUACUGAAAACACAACUGCCAGUCCUACAACCUCUACGCCGGACCCAUGCCGCAUUGCGAUAGACGAGGAUACGGCCGAGAGCAUGGCGGCCGCUCAGCAACAGCGCUUCUGCUACCUUCCGGUUCCCCCCGAUAACUGUCCCAAAGAGGAGAAUGGGGCUACGCAAUUGGCUGUACUUGGGGUAUCUGGGAUUUUAACGGCAAUUGGAGCUUUGGGCCUGGCCGGAUUGUUAAUAGACAUUUUUUGA